AUGGUUGCAGACCUCACACUGCAAACUUCCAGUCUUACGAAAAACCCAUUGCGAGUUCCUGUGGUGCUCGCAGCCGUUGUCCUCGUGCUGCUGCAGGCCAUCGACUAUCCGGUUAAAUGCGAUCUGGCGGACUUGGUUAUUGGCGUUGGCCGGGACCUCCUCAUGUACCGCUCGAUUUGCCACUUCUUCAAGCCUGUCCUCGUGCCAAAGUGGGCACUCGCAUGUUUUCCAAACCAAGCCGCACACAUAGCAAAACUCGCGGCCGCAGCUACAAAUCAUUAG